UUUGCAUUGCAACAGAUGCUUCCUGAGAUGGACAGGAUGAACCCAGAGCCUCUCACUCAGAACUGCUCCAACUGUAGCCAGGUAUUGGUCCCAGAGCUCAAUUUGGUCAAAGCGGUGGUAUUGGGCUUGGUGUUGGGUACCAUAAUAUUGUUUGGUGUUGUGGGAAACAUCCUGGUCAUCCUCUCAGUAGUCUGCCAUAGACACCUACGGACAGUCACAAACUAUUUCAUAGUCAACCUGGCGGUGGCAGACCUCCUCCUGAGCUCAACUGUACUGCCUUUCUCUGCCAUCUUUGAGAUCCUGGAUCGGUGGGUGUUUGGAAGAGUGUUUUGCAAUGUUUGGGCAGCUGUGGAUGUGCUGUGCUGUACUGCAUCCAUCAUGAGCCUCUGUGUGAUCUCCGUGGACCGCUACAUUGGAGUCAGUUACCCUCUGCGUUACCCAGCCAUUGUGACGGAGCAGAGAGCCCUGCUGGCCGUGGUGCUGCUGUGGAUGCUGUCCAUCAUCAUAUCCAUCGGUCCAUUGUUUGGCUGGAAGGAGCCAGCGCCAGAGGACGAGUCAAUCUGCAAGAUCACAGAGGAGCCGGGCUAUGCCAUCUUCUCGGCCGUGGGCUCCUUCUACCUUCCCCUGGCCAUCAUACUGGUCAUGUACUGCCGAGUUUACGUGGUGGCUCACAGGGAGAGCCAGGGACUCAAGGAGGGUCAGAAGACGGAGAAGUCGGACUCAGAGUGUGUGACACUCAGGAUACACCGGGGUAACACGGUGGUGUCGGAGGACGAGGCCCUUCGUACCCGCACACACUUCGCCCUGCGGCUGCUCAAGUUCUCACGUGAAAAGAAGGCCGCAAAGACGCUGGGCAUCGUGGUUGGCUGCUUCAUCCUGUGCUGGCUGCCCUUUUUCCUGGUAUUGCCUAUUGGUGCCAUUUUCCCCACAUACAGACCCUCCGACACGGUUUUUAAGAUCACCUUCUGGCUUGGCUACUUCAACAGCUGCAUCAACCCUAUCAUCUACCCAUGCUCCAACCUGGAGUUCAAGAAGGCUUUCCAGAGUUUGCUUGGUGUGCGCUGUCUGAGAAUCCCUCCCAGAUCACACAACUAUGUGACUCCAGGUUCAAGUCAGGGUCAGGGCCACGGUCAGACCCUCACCAUGGGUUUGGAAAGCAGGAGGGACCCCUCUCGCCUCAGCCCCUCCUCCUCUAUUAACCUGUCCAGAACCCCUUCAUCCAGGGACAGCAGAGAGUGGAGGGGUUUUUCCGGAUGCUCGCGAGAUGGUCGCGGCCCGGCAGAGAACAGCAGGGCUAAAGUGGCCAAAUUCUGCAGCAAGAGCCUCCAAAGGACCUGCUGCUGCAUCCUCAGUGAUGGCGCUCCGCCCCAGGAACUGAACCACAUCCAGCCCCCUCCCACUGGAAACCUCCCCACCAUUAAAAUCCACCAACUAUCCCUGUGUGAAAAAGGAGAGCCUGUUUGACCACUUAAAUCCUUUCCAUCCGCUACCACGAUCCACUCUCAAGGUCCCGGACUGUUUGCGGGAAACAGAUGAAGUUUAUCCACUCCUGUUUCUCCUCUCAAAGUGAUAUAAAUGACUCAGUGGUGACUUGUGAGACUGGUCAGUGUGUUACCGAAAUAUUAUGAAAACU